AUGCUGCGUGUGGAUUUGGAAGACUUUGAAGGAAACACAGCUUAUGCCGAGUAUAACACGUUUCAUGUCAAGAGUGAGAAUGACAAGUACAGGCUGAUUCGCGGCUCCUAUUCAGGUAUAACGGUAUUUUCCUUUUUAUUAUUACGGGGGAGGAGAGCGUAAAUUGAAGUAAAGAAGCUUAAAUUCUUUUACAGCAACAGUUUCCAGAGAUGAAAAAAAUGAUAAGCUAAGCCCAUCGAAAUGCAAUAAUCCUAGACAGUGCAGACCAGACGUUGAUUAAAUCUGAAAGUGUUUGCCGAUGGAUCUUGUCCUGUUAGCCCGACGGAACAAUUCAAGUCUGAUCAUAAUUGAUCUAUUAGCAAUAUCAAGCUAGCGUUUUCAUUUCACGGGGACGUUUGAUAAGAAUAAUGUAAAUUUCUAUUUUAUUUACUUUUUAUUACCGUUAAUUCCAAUUUUUUUUAGGAAACGCUAGCUCCUCUCUCUCCCAUGAUCGGCCAUUCACCACUAGAGAUCGCGAUAAUGAUCAUGACACAAAACGCAACUGCGCCAUUGUAUUCAGAGGAGCCUGGUGGUACAGCGCGUGCCAUGCAUCAAAUCUCAAUGGCUUGUAUCUUCGUGGCAAUCACUCUUCCUAUGCUGAUGGUGUGAACUGGAAAGGCUGGAAAGGUUAUCAUUACUCCCUAAAGAGAACUGAGAUGAAAAUAAGACCAGUGAAUUUCUGAACUGUCAUAUUUAUGUCAUAAUUUUAAAUAAGAACCUACUUAGCAAAAACGAGUGAUUUUAUCAAGUCUAUUCAGCGCUAAAAAAAACAUUGAUGGGUUUGCCGGUUUAGUGAACGUUCGUUGAACUUUCUAAUGUUGUACGUAUUGUUUUUCUUUUUGUUUCGUUAUGAAUUUCAUCUCGUAAUUUUUUUUGUAUUGAGGGAUGGAUGUAUCCCUUUGCUAUACGUUUUAAAAAACGUAAAAGGUUUGUCUCAUAUUAUCACCAGCUUCUCGAAACAUUAAACGAUUUAGUACACAGGUGUUAUUCUUUCAAAGAGACUUUAUGAAGAGUAAGUGACCGUCAUUAUUUUGGUGGGAAAGGGGGGAGGGGGGAUCGAGGGUUCUUGGUUGUGCCUAUUCCCCCCUAAUAAAAUUCCCUGCAUUUGCAAUCAAUGUUCUGUAAUUUCCGCUUAUUGCAUGAUUACCUACGAUUACGUAUCUCACUGUUAUUCAUGAAUGUUAAACGUCACUUUUGUAGGAAAAGGGCUCAUAAAGUGCAUUAUGCUACAUUACUUCGUUAAAAUACAAAAUGUCCGAACGAGUUUUUUCGAACAGAAAAAAAAUCAACUUGACUUUCCACAUUUUUCAAAGGCCUCUUGCGCGACGGUAACUCAAUGAAUUCAAAUUAUUAGAUCACAAAGUUAAAACUAGUCUAGCACAUAAAAAAGAGAAAACUUGUGAGCUGGAAAACUUCCCUAAAUUUGAAAAGCUGCAAAUAGCAAGAAGGGCGGUGUCGUUUGUGUUCAUCGCUUAUAAAGCGGCGGUUUUCUUCUGUAGUCAUAGCUACAGCACUUACACACCUGGUUUUUUGACAAUAAGAUUAAUAGAGUAGAUUAAAAAAUUUCAUGUGCUCCAGUACAGACGAAUUCUAUUAAAAUGAUCCAUUUUUUCCACUAAAUGUGCCUUUUUAGCGAGUAACUCAUCUGGAAAGAUAAAACUUUAAUAUGAAGAAAUUCCACCUGAUUCCACCACAUUCUUCAAGGAAUGAAAUAAACCCAUUAGCAGGACGGCGUCAAUGCUACCAAUAACAUAACUGAGAGAAUUACUCGCUUGCGACUGAGUACCACGAUAAUUAGGACAAAGCUCAAACAUAAAUGCCGAAGACCUACCUGGCACUGAAUUUGAGAGGGAAAAGGUAUUUCAGCUAUUAUGGAGACCAGUUUUUUUAUCAAUGUGGUCACGAUCAAUUCAUAGUUUUCAAUUAUAGCGACACAGUUCAAGCUUUUCCUUGAAGCUGUCAAUGGGAAUUUCUAAUUUUUUUUCAGAAACUAUUUCCCCACUAUGUUUUUUUCGCACUAGUGUUUAUGAUUCGCCAUUUAAUUCUUUUUUCUGUGUUCGUGUUCGAUUUUUCUGGCGACGUUUCCUCGAAACCAGCAUUAAACGAACUUCAUAAGCCACCAAUUAUAAAAGGAAAUAAUUUUAAAAUUAAACACGAUAUUAAACUAGAAAUAUUACUGUUUUCUAUUGUCAAACUUGACACUAGUUUCUACUGCGUUUGUGUUCCAAUAAUUAUCAUCCACAUCUAAUCAAUUGUGGCUUUUUCAUAGAGUUUGACUUUCUGGCAUUUUUCAAAAACCCUCUACUGGACUAUUCGUUUGAAGAUUUUUCCGACGGCUCUGACAUUUGGCUUGUUUUGAAAUACAACUAAUUACUAAAUAAACCCCUUCGGGCGGCUGGUAAAUCGGCUGAUAAUGCCCACGGCUGAGAUAUUGUCCAAAAUUAGGAAUGCUUGGCCGAGAAGUAGAGCCUCGAGGUAAAAUGUGAAGUUUUGAGGACAAACUUUAAUUUAUAACGUACGGACGGUAAGUUACAAAUUUAUUUGUAUAGAUUAUUCAUUUUUUUUUAUAUCACGCGAGAUCGCUCGCUCUGAGCGUAGUUGCGACCAAGUUUCUAAUAUUUUACUGGACUAUACACCUAGAAUUUGUUUUCUUCUGUGUAAGAUAAUUGAGCUGGCUCUCUUCCACUGGCUAUAUUUCUUUGCAACGGAAAUACCGGGGUUAUAGCGUGGUAACUGUCCGGGUUUAACAUUUCUCUUGAGACUCGGGAGGCUGAUAUAUCAACUGAUAAUGUCCAAAAUUUGGCCGAGAAGCAAAGCCUCGAGGGAAAAUGUGCAGUUUUUGUGGACAAUUUUUCAGCCAAGGACAUUAUCAGCCGAAAUACCAUCAAGCCAGAAAGGGGGUCUAUUUAUUUUAUAACGUACCCUGUUAUUAAUUUUCAUAUGAUCCGAAACCGCUCUUAGAAAACAAGUGCUUGUCUGAUGCGGAUGCGUAGGUGCGACCAGCCUUUUAAUAUUUUACAACACUCUACAAAAAGAGUGUUUUUCUUCCGUGUAAGAUAAUUGAGCUGACUCUCUUCCACGAGCCUUGUUUCUUUUCGUCGGAAAUAAUCCGAGGACAGACCGCGUUUAUAGCGAGGUAACUGUCAGGUGAUUUUGCACCACGUUAUGUAAAGUGGCCAUUAAAACGACGCGAAAAUGAAUGAGUGGAUUACAACGAUAUAGUUUUGAAUAACAUUUCGCUCGAGACUGCCUCGCUUGUUUGGGUUCCUACAGUUACUGACCAUAUUUCAUAAUUUCAAACUUUGUGUAAGAGUUAGACUCGCUGACUUUUUCAAAAAUCCUCCCGGUCUUUUAUAGAGGUAUUUCAUUGACUAUUACACUUGUCCAAUGUUAGUUAGAGAAAACCAACCACCCAGAGUUAACAAAAAAGCAAUGAUCCGAUGACUGAAUUUAAGUAGAACAGCUGAACAGGAAGAAGGCCUGAGGCGUUUAUGUUCACCACUCAUUAAACCGUUCUGUUUUGUAACCAUAGUUACAGCACUUUAAACACUUCUCUAUAGGGUAACAAAACACGAUUGUCACUCCUGACACAUCCGAACACAGUAUCGAGUACGACAAACAUUUUGUCAGCCAGAAGGUAAGAAAAAUAUUUGUGAGCAACUUAUUGCACUUGAAUCUGUUGCAGUAAGUUAAAAGACAAACAAGUUUAAGCUAAAAACCAUUCACGUUUAAACUCCAGUCAUUAGCGUGAUGUGUUCUGUUUUCGUCUCUACCGAUGCUUUAUGAAAUAUAAUGGCUUAUUGAAGCAUAGAAAACAAAAAUUAUGUAAGUGGCUCAUUGUAUGCUGAUGUUCCUCUUUUUGUGCCUUGAAUGAAUGAAUUUUUAUUUACUAAGGAGAAAUUCCCAUAAUGAUUACCUUUCCAAACAGAGGAAAUGAAAAAACCCAUCAGCAGAACGGCGUCGAUAAUUCCAAUAAUACAAAUAAAACAAAGUAUUUGUUAUCGAAAUUUCGCGAUUACGAAGAGUUCCUUUGAGGAGAAAUAGCUGAACAAUUGCGUGACCUUUAUUAGCAUUUCAAUCUAUAGAAAAACAGGAAGUUUUAUAAUUUGAGACGACUUUCAAUGGUCACGAUCAUGAUUCUUACCUUGGAGUUAAUUUUUAAUUUAUAGCAAUGCAGUUGAAGUCUUUCCUUGAAGCUAUCAUUGGUAAUAUCUAUAUUCUUCUUGGAACAACCCUCCCACCGUGUUUUUGUUGCACUGGUGAGUAAAACUACGCUGUUAUUAAAUUUUUUGCUUUUCAUUCUUCUGGCGCUGCUCCCUCGAACCAUUAGAAGAACUAGGCCACCGGCGAACAAUGCAAACAAUCUUUAAGCAAAUACUUAUUUUCUAACUCAAAAUGUCUCCUUUUAGGCACAUAUACGGAGACUAUUGAAUACGGUUUCCCUUCAUCGUAUUUGAAAAAAGCCCUAAAAGAUGGGCAUAUUUAUAAAUUGAAACAAACGAGUCAAAGAUAUUGUAGUGUGCUAAUUAACGCCAUGAAAAUUAUUAUUUUUCGGAUAUUUUCCGUAACAUACAUCCUUUACGCUGAAUAAAUAAAACCUCCUGUUAGAAUUGAAGUAUGAAAAGAUGAAAAUAUCCUUCAGAGAAAACUCUUCAAUAAAAGUUUUCAUGCAGUAAGUUGGCAAAAUAGCGUGCUUUAAUGUGUUUCUCUACCAAUUUUUACGAGUAAGCGAUAACCUGCAUGGACGAGUAUGUAAUCCUAUUCGUUUUGCUUUCCCCAGGCGACGAUUGUCGAAACAUUAUAUUUAGGGACCCAAUACAAAACAUGGCCAUGAAGGAUCGUGUGAUCUGGAGCGCAGAAGUGCCCAAUGAGGGGAGCUGCAGAGUCAUGUGUUAUAUGGAGCCUGAUUGCGUGUCCAUUAAUGUUGGACCUGUAGAAGGAGGAAACCAAAAAUGCGAGUUGAACAACGCCACUGAGGAAAACCAUGCUUUAUUUCUUCUUGUGAAUAAACCAGGCUUCAUAUAUCUCGCAAUCGAGGUAAAAAUUUCGCACAUUUUACCAACCUGAGAGGAGUCAGACACAUGAUUUCUUUUCAUUUAAGGUCAAAGUGAUCUUAUUAUUGAUUCUUGUCUAAGGGGAAAGCUACAAGAGCUUUAUUUUGUUAUUGAUCAGAGGAGGUUGUUUAAUUUUUUGGCGCUAAAGUGAUUUUAUUCUUGAUGUAAGGAAAAGUUUCACGAACUUUACUUUGUUUUACCAACAGAAUCCCUGCAGUAGCAGUUCAUGUUUGAACAAUGGCACCUGUCAAGCUGGAUUCACCAGUAAAGGUUUUUGUUGUGUUUGUCGUCAUGGAUUCAGUGGAGAAAAUUGCCAGUUGCAAGGUAGCAUAAAAAGCGUUUUCGUUCACAAAUCCUCUUGGGUUAAAUGAACCACUGGAAUUAGGGUAAUUUACUAACUGUUUUUAGAAUCUGGUGUCAGAAGUAGAUUUAAACUCAUUCUUAAAUCGAUCAUUGUGGAGUAUAUAUUUAGAAAUGAUUGAAUUUUAUUCCUUGGACGAGUGUCUGGUGUGCGCGGCGUCGAAUUCUACAAUUUUCUCAUUUAUUCAUAGGCCUGAAAAAAAAUUGUGCUGAAAUUUACAAAGCUGGGGAAAGAAAAGAUGGUAUGUACACUAUAAAACCUGAUAACUUACAUGCCUUUGAUGUAUUCUGUGACCAAACAACGGAGGGUGGAGGAUGGACUGUGUUUCAGAGGAGACUGAACGGCUCGGUUGAUUUCUACCGCUACUGGAACGACUACAAAUGUGGCUUUGGUGACCUGAAUAGUGAAUUUUGGCUCGGACUGGACAAGAUUCACCGCCUGACCUCUGAUGUUAACAAUGUGCUGCGUGUAGACUUGGAAGACUUUGAAGGAAAAAAUGCUUAUGCUGAGUAUAAUAUGUUUCGUGUUAUGAGUGAGAAUGACAAGUACAAGCUGAUUCUUGGUUCUUAUUCAGGUAGAACUGUCAUUUCGUCUCUUCUACUCUAGUCAUUCUAAGAAAGGGGAGUAGGGGGGAGGAGAGUGCUUAGUAAUGUAAAUAUGUUUAAACUAUUUAAUAUCAUUCAAUAGCUUUGGAAGACAAAAAAAAGGAACCUCAGCUCAUCGAUAUGCAAUCAUGGACAGCGCAUACCGGACGUUGACUAGUCCAAAGGUAUUCGCCGGUAGAUCAUGCGUAGUUAACCUGACGAAAUAAUCCAACUCAGAUGAGUGUCUCGGCAAACAUAUUUAUUGGCAUUAUCAUAUUUAGUAAUUCAAUCCCUAGAAUCUUCGACAUGAAUCAUAGAUAAUACUAAGAAUGCUUUUAUUCCAUAUCAUUACUGUUAAAUUAUACGUAUCUGAUAUUUCAAGAUUUCUUUUGAAUUACAAACGGUUCAUUGUUGGUCAAACGUAAUACUCAUAGUGCGGUUCAUUUUGUCAGGAAAUUCUGGUGACUCUCUCGCUGUGCAUCGCAAUAUGCCAUUUACCACUAGAGAUCAAGAUAACGACAUUUCUAAAACCAACGUUAACUGCGCCAUUAAGUUCAAGGGAGCCUGGUGGUACACAAGGUGUCACCAAUCAAAUCUCAAUGGCUUGUAUCGUCGUGGAAAUCACUCCUCCUUUGCUGAUGGAGUGAACUGGCGUCAUUGGAAAGGUUAUCAUUACUCCCUCAAGAGAACCGAGAUGAAAAUGAGACCAGUGGAUUUCUGAACUGUCAUGUUCGUGGCACAACAGUGAUACAGUAUCAACUUAACAAAAAAAACCAGUUCCUCGAUCGAGUCCAUUCAGCAUUUAAUAAUCACUAUUAAAUUGCAGCUUAGCGAAAGGUUCGUCGCAAUGUUCGAGCUUGUGUAGGGUUUUUCUUGCUUCUUUGUGUGCGUUUUUCAAAAUAGGAGUAAAUGAUUCUGUAGAAUCGGCCAGUUAACCGAUAAUAAUAAUAAUAAUAAUAAUAAUAAUAAUAAGUAGCUCAGGAAAAAUACGUCUUUAAUCGUUUCUCAGAAACAGAAACUGAUGGACUCAAUAUAAGAUUUAUGGGUGAGACAUUCUGUAGCUUGGGGGCAGCGGCUGAAAAGACCCUGUCUCCAUAAAAUUUUAGGUGGGUGUUUGGUGUUUACAAAGCUAUCCUCGAAUCUCAGUGGCUUGUAUCAUUAUAGCCAUCACGACUCUAUGUUCCUUCUUUAUAUAUAGGUUUUGACUCGUAUUUUCACUUAACGGAACACAAAGCGAUCACACAGUCUUCAUUUUUUCAAAGUUAAUCAGAAGACUAAACCCAGUCGCUAAUUCAGUUUUAGAUACCUUUGAUUUCUAUAACGAAACCCCAAACAAUUACCCAAUGUUUUGACCCUAAAGAACGCUAUCAGAAAAACAAAUAUUUCAAGUUGUAGUGUACACUGGAAUGCGAUAAUGUAAUGUUGAGGAUUCUAAAAUGCUUCAUAUAUUGGUUUUAUUUGUAUUUUCUUAGCUUUUGUUAAAGUAAAUACCUUGCACUGUUAUUGAUAAACACAUUGCACUUUGAAUUAUAAGAACACAUCGUCACGCCCAAGCUCCAUUUUGUAGAUAUGGCUCAUCAGCUGAUUAUGUAACGAACUAAGUUUGUAGAAAUACCAAAUGUGAGGAUGAGUAGGUGAGAAUAUAAUGAAAUAAAAAUAAAUCAAAAGUUAAGCAUUCAAUGUCGUCUGUUCAGAAGUUUUUCUUGAUGGGGAAGAAACCUCUUAAAAUAAUGAAAUCUCCUUGCGGUGUAAAAAUGCGAACUGCAGCAAAAGAAACAAAUCAAUGGACAGAAAAAAAAUCUUUUAAGAAAGCAGAACUUUCAUUAUAACCAUAGCAAAAUUAAUUAAACCUCUCUCGUAAACAAGUCAUAACAAGCCAACUUUUGAAGGUUAUCGCGAGUCAGAUGUCGAUUAAUCACAUCCUACUUUCCUACUUGGUGGCGUAAUGUGGACGAACAAGAUUCCUCCACCAAGACGGAGUUACGGCAGUCAAUAUUAAGUUUGUACCAGUCCAUCUUCGACGAAAGUCAAGGCAUUCAAAGGAGCCAUAUCGAUCGACACUGAAAGUAAUAUUAUUUAUGUUAAGUUAUUCUAGCAGCCGCACUAAAUCGCAAGUUAGGACUUCGCUCUUGAUGAGAAGUAUCGUAUAACGCUUGUAGGAAAACAAUCUUUCUAUAUAUAUGUAUAUGUAUAUAUAUAUAUAUAUAUAGGAAGUCUGUGUAUUGAUUUUUCCGUUUUACAGUACUCGAUACGAACGAGUAGAGCGCGAUAUAUGUUGCGAUAGGGGAAAAAACAGAGAGACUAUACUUUCAUUCCUACAAGCCUGUUUCGUGAUUACUCACUCAUCAGGGGAUUUUAUAAUCAAUAUAUAUAUAUAUAUAUAUAUAUAUAUUGUGGGAGGAAAAAGACAAAUAAACUACAAGUUCAUCCCUACAGGCCUGUUUCGUGGUUGCCCACUCAUCAAGGGAUUUUGAUCCCCUGAUGAGUGGGCAACCACGAAACAGGUCUGUAGGGAUGAACUUGUAGUUUAUUUUUCCUCCCACAAUAUAGGCAUCACUCUACUCCUAUGUAUUUAGUACUGUUUUACGAAAGUCAAAAUUUUACACUAUAUAUAUAUAUAUAUAUAUAUAUAUAUAUAUAUAUUAUUAUGAGAGGAAAAAAGGACGCAACUACAUUUCCCGACAAGCCUGUUUCGUGAAUCGCUUCACUCUUCAGGGGUUUAAUAUAUAUAUAUAUAUAUAUAUAUAUAUAUAUAUAUAUAUAUAUGUGCGUGUGUGCGUGUGUGUGUGUAUAAGUAAAAGAAUCAAAGGGGACGCAUCGAUCCUCUGUUACUCUGAGUUUCGCGCCUAAGCACUUGUCAGACAGGCUCUGUCUGACGAGCGCUUAGGCGCGAAACUCAGAGUAACAGAGAAUCGAUGCGGCCUCUUUGAUUCUUUCACUUAUAUAUACUCAGCUCUGCUACCACAGCAUUGAGCACUUUAUGCCAAGGUAGACUCUUCCCCCACAUUUAUAUAUAUGUGCAUGUAUAUAUAUAUAUAUAUAUAUAUAUAUAUAUAUAUAUAUAUAUAUAAGCAGCGUAGAAUUGGUAUACCUGACGAUGAACUCUCACUAAGAGGAUCCACAAGAUACAAUGUCUCGACGUGAAUUUGUGGUUAAGUGUACUAUACGGACGUAACAAAGAGGCCAACUCUUGACUGUCCUGGACGAGUUUAAUGCACGACGUUUCGGCUGUUCAGCCUUCUUCAGGUUAAAAUUAAAAACUAAAAAGAUAUUUACAAUGUUUGCGACUUAUAUACAAAAUAGAAAUUUUAAGAUUGAAGUUACGUAAUACAACAAAGGUUUAAAUUACAAACUGAGAAGGGUUAAACAAUGAGAGGCAAAUAAAGAACUAUAGGUGACAUGCGAAUACAAAUAAGUGACAAAAAUUAGAGAGAAAAAAGAAUCUAACUUAAUUAGUAGUGUUUACUCCGGAUUAACAAGCUCCCAUCUGGCAAAAUUGGAUUGUAGUCGAGCACCAAUGGAAAAACUUUCUUAGCUGGCUUGACCUUUUUCCUCAACAGUUCGGCUCUUGGUAAACUAAGAGCUUUGUCGAACUGUUUAUCAACAAGCUCCGCUGGAUAAUUUUGCGAUUUCAAAUACCCUUUGUAUUCCUUACCUCUAUUUUGCAAGCAAUGAGCAGGAUUUACCUCGUGCAAGGUGGAAUAAGCAAGGGAAGGUAAAAUUUUAAGGCUACGUGCUUUUCAAAUUGUUUCGAAAUCAUGCGACUACCUGUGCGAAUAUAUCAUUAGUAAUACGUUUAGUCCCUAAGUUCUGACGCCCGUUGUCAGAGCGAAUGACGAAGGGCUUACGACCGACACUUCAGCUUUGGAAACUCAUUAGGGUGGCAAUAUACAUUAUGAACUCAGUUGAUAAAACUAAAUUAUCUUGUAAACGGAAAUUGAGCUACAGCUGAACCAUCCUGUGCGACCAUCCUCCGCAAAUUGGCCAUUUUCGAUAAAUCAAAACUCAAACGUGGCUCCCUCUGAGGCUUGGGGGACUAAACUAAAAGAAAUCACAUCGGGGUUGAGAGAUGAAUAAUUAAUUUGUUUUAUACCCCCUAGCCUCGGAGCCAUGUUAGAAUUUUGAUCUAUCGAAAGUGGCCUUUUGGAUAGCCUGUGAUCAUUGCUUUGCAAGCUAAAAGAGGACUCCUUACAGCUCUAUUUACUUAUAAAUGAUUAAAAUCUUUGAUAUAUUAAAGUUUUUAGUUAUUCCCUAUUUUAAUGCGAUGGGGAACGAAAUCAAGAAACCGAGACCGUUCUUUUGGCUCGUUCUGCGGCUAUGGCGUCCAACUCUCGUUAGGUUUUUUAAUUUAAACGUGAGUUCAUCCAUAUCUUUAGGUGCACGCCACGGGUACUGAAGAAUCUGCAGGUAGCUUUCCACCAUCCACGCUCUGAGACUCAUGGCUCUGAUGACAACAAGAAAUUUAUUAGUGACAGGCUCAAACGAUUCACCUUCGUUUCACCUUACACAUCCUAACAUCAGGAUGCAUAUUCUCCAUACUGCUCUCUAUACAUUUCCUAGGAUGAUGACAGGGAGAAUUUGUUUAACAAUCAAGAGCUUCUUCAGUUGGUGAUCAUUUCCUUUUUUCUCAUGACCUUAAUGUUUGAUUCAGGGUCAAUAAUGUGAGGAGAAAUUAGAUGCUAGUCAUUCUUAAGGGUCAAAGGGUUAAUAAUCAGCACGGAUUAGUUCAGGAACGAUUUUUGAUUUAAAACCGAAUUCUCUACAUCAGAUAACUGAAUGAACAAAUAGAUAAAUAAAAAGAUGAAUAAAUAAAGGAAAAGAUAAAUUAAUCAAUUAACUGAAUAGGCUUUAAUAAAAAACAUUUCAACCCUAAACGCGGUUAGACGUUUCGAUGUCGUCCUAAACAUCACCAUCAAGAAAGUUAGAGUCGGAGUCGGAGUAGUGACAAAUGAGUGUAAGAGAUAAAAUGAGCACAAUGUUAGCAUGAUUAUGUGAAGAGGGAAUGAUUACAGCUAACCAUGGACAGAGAUUAGGAGGCAGCAGGCUCUUGUGUUUGGGUUUGUUUAGAAACUUUCAGGGAGAGGAAUCGAACCUCAGACCUUCGGAUUCCGUUUUCCGAUGCUCUACCACUGAGCCAUAGAGACUCAACAGUGAACGAAGUCUAUAACGAAUUUAUAUGACACGCGUCCUGCAUACUGUUAGGAUCAGCAAUGGCGAUAGCGUCAUGUAUGUAAAUAAAAUAAGAGAUGGUAAGUUUAGAGCUCGGUAAUGAAAUAGAGAAAGAUGUUUUACGUAUAGUCACGAGCAUCGGACAAAGAAAAAACUCUGAGUUCCCACGAGGAGUCGAACCUCAGACCUUCGUAUUCCACACUCCGAUGCUCCACCAAUGAUGAGCCACACGUUGAGCGAGGUCUAUUACGAAGUUCAUAUGACACGCGUCCAGCGUACUGCUAGGAUCAGCAAUUCAAUAGCGUCAUGUUUGUAAAUGGAAUCAAAGAGAUGUUUUGAACUCGGUAAAGAAAUAGAGAAAGGUGUUUUUCGUCGUGUCACGAGCGUGGGACUAAGAAAAAUUCUGAGUUGUCUGAGGACGUAUGACUCAAAGACCAUAGACUAUAUACUAUGCUUUAUAUGGCCGUGAAUUCCCGAAAUGGCGCUGCAAAAAAAGGUCCAAAAUUGGUGUCCGAUAGGUUGCGAAUGAAAAUCUUUGAAAUUUUCCAAAAUUUGACCCAUAGUAAUACUGGUAGAUUAACUGGAAAUCUCUUUUCUCGCAUUCGAAGUAUUUCCAUAAAAACCUAUCAAAAAGUGAAAAAGGUAAAAACAAAACAGUAGCCUAGGGGAGAGGGGAGGGGGAAGGGGGCAGGGGAAAGCCGGGGAAGGAUAUAGAAUGUAGUUCUACAAGAAAAAGCUUGAAUCUUUAAAGCAUCCCAUCGGUUAUCGAAGCGGAGGUGGGUGAGGUUUGAUCCUUAUCAAGGGCUCCGAUAUUUUUAUCUGUCCAACGUCCACGAUCAAUAAAGCUGUACAGAAAUUUCAGGAUUUGCAUUUCGGUCUGUUAAAUUUAAGGAAAUCUACAAAUUAUGACAGUUUGCUACAGUAAAAAUACAUCAAAAAGUCAACAAAGGAAAUUAGAGGAAGUGCCCUGCUAAAAAAUGGUGCCAUUAACAGGAAAACGUGCAAAGAAAAAAUCUGCGGCAAGAAUAAAUUAUUUCGAGGUGAAAUAACACUAUCCACACCUGAACACAAGCAGCGUGCUCCGUGGAAGCUGUUUUAGAAUUAUUACUUUCUCGAAGUGUCCUUCAGCGAGCUUUGUCAUGAUUGUCAAAUCCUCCUCAGUCACUCUUAAAGUAAAAAGCAUUCCAGCGCUUCUCCAAGCGAACGUACGUUGAAGAAGAAUCUGACAAAAAUUUUCGAAACCUGGGAGAUAAAACGACAUUUAAAACGAACACAAGUCUAGAUAACUACUUUUUAAACUAACUCUUGAUGGAUAUAUCCCACUAUGAUUAAAAAAAUGUAUAUUGUCAUGCUCAAUGUCAUUGUUUGUGUCGAGGCACAUCUGUACAUGAUGCUUCAUAAUGAGUUUGAAAAAAUACCAAAUGUAACUAGUAAGAGUAGGUGAGAACACAACAAUAAAACAUGAGUUUAGGGGUGAAUAUCAUCUGCUAUGUGUUGAGAUAUUUCUCUUAAUUAGGUGGAAAAGUCACAGUUAAGGUUCCCUCGCCGCCUAAUAAUAAGCCGAUGGCAAUCAAGAGAUAAUUGAAUUUUCCCGUGAAGUAGAUCAGGAGUAGACCAUAAUCUAAACAAGAAGAAUAUGACGACUGACAUCUGACUCCCGAGGGAAUUCAUUUUAUUAUUACUGACUGUUAUUUUUUUUUUAUACUUUUUUGGUCGUUGGGUUCGUUUCGUUUCGAUCGUUUUAUUUUGGUCAUUUCAACUUACGCGUCCAUACGUUUUAGUUAGAAUUUGCUCGCGUAUGCCCUAAUUUUGAAAUUGUAACAAUUCACGGCAAUUUCAUGAGAUCAGCUUAUUAAACUCAAAUGUCUUAGCUUUCGCAGUCUGUCUUUCGGAGAAUUCUGACUCGGGCACAUUAUAGGUGCAUCGAUUUAUCCACGGUGUAGGCGCAGCCUAGAAACUUCUUUCCUAGAAAAAUCAAGAUUUCCGGCCUCAACAUUAAGUGUAAACAAAACUACCUCUUUCAACACGGCGGAAAGCCGCUCAAAAUCUUCAGGGAAACAAAUUAUUGUACAGAACUGUUGCUUCUGUCUAGCUUAUCGGGUAGCUUUAAUUUUUCGAUAGCAUUUUUUGCAAGAUACUUUCUAACUUGGAAAAAGCAUAACCAUAUAUAUAACGCCGCAGUUAACACCGGAGGAAAAUGCGACAUAUUGUGUAGUUCUAAAAAUUUAUAUUUUCAUAAAUUUUUUUUUUGAAAGUCAUAACACCUCAGUUACCUCUAGGGAAAAUAGGAAAACAUUGUGUAGUUCGCUGAAAGUGUUUUGACCAAAUAAUUUGCAGCUUUGUUUAAGAGUUAAACUUGCCAUAUAAGUUUUUCAAAACAUUCUCUGUUUUUUAUUGAAGUAUUUCGUUGACUGUCUUAUCCAGUGGUACUGAGAUGUGAGAUCAGUCAUUUAGAUUUAAACACAAAAGCUAUGAGCUGAUGACUAAGAACAAUCAGUACAGCUGGACAGGAAGAAUGGCUGUGGCGUAUAGAGCAGCAAUUCUGUUUUGUAACCAUAGUUACAGAAGCUCAAACAGUUCUAUAAAUUAAAGGAAAGCACGACACCAUAAAGUUUUCACUUUUGAUAAUCUCAGGAACAAAACCAAGUGCGAAAAACACUUUUUCGCUCAGAAGGUAAGAAAUAUCUCUGUGAGCUACUUAUCUAUAUAUCUUGGACCAAGCCUUUCUUGCUCAGACCAAUUGUGCUGAUAGCAGAAAUGAUCGAGAAAACUUUUGUGUAAAAUUCUGUCAAUUCAGCCACCGGAUAUUUCACAUUCUGUCAAAGUUGUUGCAAAUUUGUUUUUUUUUUAUAGGUUGAAGCUCUCAAAUACCAUCCGAAAGUCAGAAUUCUUGCGACCAGUCUAACUAAGAUAAAAGCGGGUGAUGUUUAAUGCUUACUACCAUGCUCAACUACCACUAGCAAAACGAGCCAUAAAAAAACUUAGGCCUCUGUGCCUUAAGGUUGCUACAAAGUUAAUUUUUAUUUUAAUAAUGUGCAAUGCAGUUCUAUCGUACUGGGAAAUGUUCUGAGAUAAAAAAAGAUAAAUUGUUAAAAGUUUGAAUUUCAGAAAUGAUCUGAUAUCUUUGUCGGUAACAAAUCUGCAAAAAUUUGUUUCUCGCUCUUAACUUGAUUGCCGCAAGUUCAAAGUCAAACAGGCUGAAUAUAAACAUAUUGAUAAACUCCUGUCACCUCCAAUAAGUGUGAUGUGCUCUAUUCCGUUUUUCUCCGACGCUUUUGAAAAUAUUAUGGCUUAUCAGAAUAAGAUAAAAUUUACAACGUAGAGUGAGAAUUUUAAAAUACUCCAACACAGAUAAAUUGCGUUACGGCGGUCUAUAAUUUUGCUGUUUUUGGGCCUUUUGCAGCCGUUAACACAUCUUCGAAAAUGGAUAUUUGAUAUGAAGAAGUUCAAACUAAGUUUUUUUUUUUGUGUAAGGGAUGAAACAAGCCUUUUAGCAUAAAGACGGGUUUUAGACCAAUAACAUAACUGAACGAAGUAUUUGCCUUUGAAAUUUUGUGAUAAUUAAGAGUUCCUUUAAGUAGAUAAAGUUGGCAAAUAAAUGCCGAACACCUGCCUAAUAUUUGUCUACAUUCAAAUUUACGGGAAAACAUGACGAUUUAUAAUUUUGGGACGCUCACUAUCAUAUUUUUACCUUGAAUUUACAAUUAUUUAUUUACAGCGAUGCAGUUCAAGUUUUCAUUUAAACCGAUCAUUAAUAUUCUCUAUAUCUUCCACGCAUUUAUUCUCCCACCAUGUUUCUGUUGCACGGGUGAGUAUAAAUCCCUUUUUAAAUUUCUUGUGUUUCAUUUUUCUGGUGUCGUUUCCUCAAAACCAUUACACAAACUACAUAUGCUACCUGCUGAUCAAAGCAGUUAAUCUUUAAGAAGACAAUCUUUAUCUACGGUAACUCAAAAUGUCUACUAUUAUGAAAUAGACGAUACAAAAAAAGUCAAUUUUCAAAAACACAUGCGCAUCAAUGGUUCAAAAUGAGGAAUUAAAACAAACGAUUCACAGAUAUCGUGGUGUGGUAAUGAAUGCUGUGAGAAAAAUUCUUGAUAUUUUCCCUAACAUUUUUUUUCCGCUCGUUAAUUCGCUAUCAAAGAUUAAUUUUUGUUAAGUUGAAUUUUCAAGAGAUGACAAUCACCUUUAGGGAAAAUUUCUCAGGGUUCUCAUGCAGUAAAGUUUUAAAAUAAAGUGGUUUAAUGUGCCUUUUUCAUCAGCGAAAAUAAGAAAGUACCUCGAAUGAAUGGAAACUAAACGAUAUAUUUGUUUUGCCUACCACAGACGACGACUGUCGAAACAUCAUAUUCAAGGACCCAAUACCAAACAUGGCCAUGAAAAAUCACACCAUCAUAAGUGUAGAGGUGCCCAACGAAGGAAGUUGCCGAGUAAUGUGUUAUAUGGAGCCCAAUUGUGUGUCCAUCAAUAUUGGACCUGUUGCAGGAGGAAACCAAAAAUGCGAGUUGAAUAACGCCACGAUGGAAAACCAUGCUCCAUUUCUUCUCGUGAAAAAUCCGGGUUACACAUAUCUUGCAAUCGAGGUAAUACUUCACAUUCUUACGAAACUAAGGUGGUAAAAGAGAUUCGUUCGUUUUCUUGGGCUAAAGUGAUCUUAUCCUUGAAAUAGAAAGAUCUGCACUUUACUUUAUUUUGUCAACAGAAUCCUUGCAGCAGUAGCCCAUGCUCAAACAGUGGCACCUGUCAAGCUGGAUUUACCUAUAAAGGUUUUCGUUGUGUCUGUUGGGAAAGAUUCACUGGAGAAACCUGCCAAGUUGAAGGUGAAAUGGCUGCACUGUGUGGGUCAGUCUCUCGUGUAGUAAGCGAGGAGUUACUCACUAAAGUCUGGACUCCAAGAAAACAAAUAUUAAGCGCUUAGGUGAAAAGCCUAUUACUGUAACUUUAAAUGAAUAUAGCUGGGAGAUAUUAAGGAAGAAAUGGUAUUUGUUAAUGUUCAGAAUAAAAUUUUAUCAGCCGGAGCAAUAGUCAGGAAAGCAAAUAAAAAGCAGUCAACAUCCAAACAGUUUAAAGUUGGCGUUUUUGUUUUUUUUUUUUUUUUUUUUUUAACUGAUUUUCAGUCAAAAGAAACUGCGCAGAUAUCUACAAAUCCGCGGGUGAACCAACUGAUGGUGUUUACACCAUUAAACCUGAUGAGUUGCCUGCCUUUGAUGUAUUCUGUGACCAGACAACGGACGGUGGAGGAUGGACUGUGUUCCAGAAGAGACUGAACGGCUCGGUUGAUUUCUACCGCUACUGGAACGACUACAAAUGUGGCUUUGGUGACCUGAAUAGUGAAUUUUGGUUGGGACUGGACAAGAUUCACCGCCUGACCUCAUAUAAUAGCAACACCCUGGGUGUGGAUUUGGAAGACUUUGAAGGGAACACAGCUUAUGCUGAGUAUAACUUGUUUGGAGUUAUGAGUGAGAAAGACAAGUACAAGCUGAUCCUUCGUUCUUAUUCAGGUAAAACUGUCAUUUCGUCGCUGCUAUUCUAGUCAUUCUAAGAAGAAAGGGGGGAGGAGAGAGCUAAGUAAUGUAAAUAUUCUUAAAGUCUUUUACAUCAAUAGCUUUGGAAGACAGAAAAGUAACCUCAGCUCAUCGACAUGCAAUCCUGGACAGCGCAUAGGUAUUCGCCGGUGGAUGAUGCGCAGUUAACCUGACGAACUAAUCCAACAUUGAGGAGUGUCUCGGCGAACAUAUUUUUUGUAGUUAUUAUAUUGAGUAUUUUAAUCCCUACAAUCUUCGAGAAGAAACAUAAAUAUUACUAAGAAUGCUUUUAAUCCAUGUCAUAAUUGUUAAAUUAUACCUAUCCGACAUUUUAAGAUUUGUUCUGCCUUACGAACGGCUCAUUGUUAGUCAAACGUAAUACUCAUAGUGCGGCUCAUUUUGCCAGGAAAUUCUGUUGACUCUCUUGCUUACCAUGACGGUAUGCCAUUCACCACUAGAGGUCAAGAUAAUGACAAUUAUGGGGAUCACAACUGCGCCAUUGAGUACAAAGGAGCCUGGUGGUACAAGAAGUGUCACCUCUCAAAUCUCAAUGGCUUGUAUCUUCGUGGAAAUCACUCCUCCUUUGCUGACGGAGUGAACUGGUUUCACUGGAAAUGA